AUGGUUCGUGAGCUGUUCAGUCGACUGCGUAAGUCUAAAAAGGAGGGAGAACUAGCCGCUGAGCGGCGCAAAAGAUUCCACCAUUGGCGUUCUCAUAGCCGAGCCGUGGAGCUUACUGAGGAGAGAAUGCGACAGAGUGUUACCACCAAUAAGAUUGAACCCUGGUUUGGCAGGCUCUUCGCCCCGCAAACUGAACAGGCUACUGCCCUAUAUCCAUUCUCUGCCCAGACAGAUCAGGAGGUAUCUUUUAAGAAAGGAGAUACUCUCAUUGUGGAAUUCCAUCAAAGUGGGGCAUGGUUGGAGGCAACAAAUAUGAUAACAGAAAAGAGAGGCUUCAUUCCCGCCAACUACAUAACUCUGGAGCAAAAUGUUUCGCAGGUCCUCGAGGCUUGGCAGGAUAUAAGUCGUCUAGAGGCGGAGUGGAAAUUACUUAUGUCUGGACUUCCGCCAGGCACUUUUAUUUUACGGCCCAGUUCAUGUAAGUUAUGUGUUUUUUUUAACGGACAAUAUAUUUGUCUCUCAAAUGAGUGA